UUAAAACGCGCAACAUCUCCAAUCAGGAACUACGACGUCUGAGCGCUUAUCGUGCAGUCAUGUGACAGUUUCUUCAGUGGAGCGUGUCCUCUAAAAAAUCUAUUUUUAAUUCACCGCGAAAAACGUGUGUUGAAUGUUUACGGAGGAGGAUAUGCCGCUGGCCUGGGAGAGUCAUGGUGAUCAUUAAUUCAAUCCUGAAACUGGUGCAGCGUCAAACAUACACCUGUCUAUCUCACCGCUAUGGUCUGUACCUGUGUUUUGGAGGGCUCGUCCUCAUGAUUGUGUCUGCAUUUCAGUUUGGAGAGGUUGUAGUAGAAUGGAGUAGAGAUCAGUACCAUGUUUUGUUUGAUUCCUACAGAGAUAAUGUUGCAGGAAAGUCCUUUCAGACCAGGCUUUGCCUACCAAUGCCCAUUGAUGUGGUGUACACCUGGGUAAAUGGCACAGACACAGACCUACUAAAGGAUCUCCAUGCUGUGAGAAAGCAGUUGGAAGACAAACAGAAAGCCCUGAGGGAACGUCUAGGAAAGAAUGCCUCUGAAACUACUGAAGCUCCCAAAGGAAGGCCAGAAUGUCUGUUGUCUCACUGCAUCUUGGCUCCAGUGCUGGUGUUGGAGCCGGUCCUCCCGCCUAACAUCACAUUAAAAGAGCUGCCCGUACUUUCAGCUGCCUUCACAUCUGUAAAGCAACUCUUACAGGUGGCCAAACCCCUCCAGCCCUCAACAAGUGUGUCUGUCCUUUUCUUCCACUCGGACGGCGAAGCUGAAAAGGCUUACACAGAUGGUUUGAAGGACAACCUGGUAUACUCCAUCAGCAGAGCUUAUCUGACAACAGAUAAGGAUGCUCCGGGUCUCGUCCGCAUAAACACGCUGGCCUACUUGAGCGGAUUCCCGGCAUCGUUGAAGGAAACCAAGCAACUCGAAGCCAAACUACCAGCUGCAGUAAGCAGUAAAAUUAAGCAGAUACAGCUCUACUCCGAGGCCAGCAUCGCUCUGCUCCACCUCAACACAGCAGAAGAAUUUAAUGAACUCACCCAGCAGGCCAAGAAGAACCUCACGCUGGAUGGUAAAGCGCUCACGGUCAGACCGGCUUAUCUGUUCUGGGACCUGAGCGCAAUCUCGCAGUCCAAGCAGGAUGAGGAUGUGUCAGCCAGUCGCUUUGAAGAUAACGAAGAAUUGCGAUAUUCCCUGCGAUCCAUCGAGAAACACGCCCCCUGGGUGCGGCACAUCUUCAUCGUAACCAACGGCCAGAUACCAUCAUGGCUGAACCUGGAUAAUCCACGUAUAUCCGUGGUUACUCAUCAGGACAUUUUCCAGAAUCAGUCUCACCUGCCCACAUUCAGUUCUCCAGCCAUAGAGACUCACAUCCACCGAAUCCCAGGACUGUCACAGAAGUUCAUCUACCUGAACGAUGAUGUCAUGUUCGGCAAAGACGUUUGGCCGGAUGACUUCUACAGUCACUCCAAAGGUCAAAAGGUGUAUCUUACCUGGCCUGUUCCAAACUGUGUUGAAGGCUGCCCAGGCUCCUGGAUUAAAGAUGGCUACUGCGACAAGGCCUGCAAUAAUUCAGCCUGUGACUGGGAUGGAGGAGACUGUCUGGGUACUGCAGAUAACAACCGGUUUAGAGCAGGGGGCGGUUCUGUGAUCGGAGGCGGGCCAGCUUGGCAGUUUUCAGGUGGUCUGGGAAAACUGGGAGGCGUGUCUUUUUGUAACCAGGGCUGCGCUAACUCUUGGUUGGCUGAUAAAUUCUGUGACCAGGCGUGCAAUGUUUUGGUCUGCGGGUUUGACGUGGGCGACUGCGGACAAGAUAAUUUCAACCAACUGCACCGUAUCGUCCUCAAGAGGAACCAAACCACUUACGUCCUUCCACAGGGAGAAAUCCGACCGUAUUUUAGCUUCUCGGGCCUUGCCAACCGUGUGUCAGAGGCGCUGGUCAGCGACAACCCCGUGAUCCGUCACACCUCGGUCGCCAACAAAUGGAAGACCAUCCAUCUGCUUCUGCUGCCGGGAUACAAUGCCACCCAGAUCCACUACAACGUAACCUUUCAGGGCACAGACAACAACGAUUUCACCAUGAAUUUCUCCAUCGCUGUCGAUACGCGAGAACUCCCCAAAUCUAAUGUCUCCACUCCAGUGGAAGAGAAGACCGACGGACCCAAACCAGCCGUGGUGACCCCAGAACCAGAAGUGGUCCAGUUUGUAAACGUUUCCAAAGAGAAACUAAGUCCAAGAGUUCGAGACAAAGCCCACGGGAAGGUAGAGACCGUGCAGGUGCCUGCAUUAAAUGAAUCGCUUUUGCCUGAGGAGGUGAAGGUUGAAUUACAAAAACUGAAAGAGAAGCUAAUGUUGGGUGACAUCACCAUUAAAGGCUACAAUUUGACCAAAGCUGUGCUGUUGGAGCCCUACAAAGACAAAGUACAGUAUUUGCUAUACAAAGACUCUACAGAAACGCAAGACCAGGGCUCAAAAAAGGAGAAAGCUCCUUUAUUUGUUCAAAACAUUGAAAUGAACUCCAAUUCAGAUAAAAACACCCCAACUCUUGUCCCGGUCAAAGUUGAUGAAGUCAUUCCCAAUGCUGAAUCGCAAUUGUUUGGCAUAGAGAAACCUCAUAUAUCUAAGCUCCUCAACACACUGGUGGGCAACAUGUCCAAGGAGAAAAUUUCAGAAAAUGAAGGCCACCUCCGGGGACGGCCCAUGAGUCGAAAACUUCAGCACUAUGCCGGCGGGGACAGAGGCUUCCUUCCUUGGGAGAGAAGAAAGUUCUUUCAAGAUCUGCUGGAGGAAAAGGAGCGCCUGGAGAGAGAGCUGCGGUAUAAAGCUGACCGGACCGCCACUGGGCGAAAGUUACAGGAUACGUUUGCUGACUCGCUCCGCUAUGUCAACAGACUUCUAAACGGCAAAUUCGGAUACACCUCCCGUAAAGUUCCUGCCCACAUGCCUCACAUGAUUGACAGGCUCAUUAUGCAGGAGCUGCAGGACACUUUCCCUGACGACUUCGAUGAGACCUCCUCACAUUCUGUGCGACAAUGGAACGACAUGCAGUUCGCCUUCUCCUAUUUCUACUUCCUGAUGAGCGCCAUACAGCAGCUGAAUAUUUCCGAAGUGUUCGACGAAAUCGACACGGACCACUCCGGCGUGCUCUCCGACCGGGAGAUCCGCACAUUGGCCACACGUAUCCACGAACUACCUUUAAGUCUUCAGGAUUUGACCAGUCUGGAGCAGAUGCUCAUAAAUUGUUCGAAGACACUUCCAUCAAACCUCACACAACUUCAUAUUGUCAGCCCCACCCAGGAGGCUUAUUAUGACCCUAGCAUGCCACCAGUCACAAAAGGUUUAGUCAUCCACUGUAAACCCAUCACCGAGAGGAUACUCAAAGCCUUCAAGGACCAAAAUAAAUACAAGUUUGAAAUAAUGGGGGAAGAGGAGAUAGCUUUUAAAAUGAUACGGACCAACGUCUCGCAUGUUGUCGGGCAGCUAGACGACAUCAGGAAGAACCCUAGGAAAUUUAUCUGCCUGAAUGACAACAUAGACCACAGCCAUAAGGAUGCCAGCACAGUCAAAGCUGUACUGAGGGAUUUCUAUGAAUCCAUGUUCCCGUUGGCGUCCCAAUUUGAGCUGCCUAAAGAAUACAGAAACCGUUUCCUGCACAUGUCUGAACUACAGGAGUGGCGGAUAUACAGGGACAAGCUAAAGUUCUGGACCCACUGCGUGCUGGUGACCUUGGUCAUCUUCACAGUCCUGUCUUUCUUUGCCGAGCAGCUGAUCAUGUUGAAACGCCGGCUUUUUCCCAGACGCAGGAUCAGCAAGGAGGUUAACCACGAACGGGUGUGAAGUUUACAGCUAACUCCAGUCUCUCCCUAGUAAACCCCAUCUUCGAGUGGACUCCGUCCCAACUUAAAGGCUUGUUAACAUCCAUCAUAAACCACCACAAGCGUGCCCAUUUGGAUGUGACAAUGAAGUUGAUGGAGAAACUUUAAGUUACAGGGCUCCUCCACUGGGGGGCGUUAGUGAGACACUGCAGCCUUUGAGGCUUCGUGUUUAUCUCACACUCCAGACUGUGCAUCGACUGGGAACUGACCUUAGAUGCCCGCAGUCGCUUUUAAGGACGUGUGUUGCCACGUGACUUUGGGGGUUUGAAUAAUUUGAUGCAGGAUUUUAAUUUAUAAGGUAAAGAACUACCUACAUGAGGGUUGUUAAUAUUUCUCUUAUUUUAUUUGUCCUGCCUCAUUCUUUCAGUGCCUUUGUUCACCACCCUGAAUGAAUCCUGUGAACUGUAAUGCACGGCUGGGAUCCUCUGGCUUUUUGCAUUCGUCUCAUUGUCUCUCUUCAUUUUUAAUUUCUUUGUAUUUACGAAGUGGCACCUAAUCUGGACAAGCGUAUUUGAAAUUGACUACCAGUGUUGCGAUCCAAAAAAAUUGGGGUAUUGAUUUAAAUAUGAAAUGAUCCGUCAAUCUCUCUUUCUCUUCCUAAAUGCAUGUCAUUCAGGUUCAUAACAUUUACUAGAAAUUCUUCACUUGCUCGUCUUUUAGCGGGACGUUAAAUAGUGACUUUGUCUGAAAUUCAGAUGCCUCCACCUGUGGACCUGUUGGGUAUCGAAAACUCUUCACCUGCUUCAUUUGUUAUUUUAAUGGGAAUAUUUUUUUGCUUGCUCACGUUACUACUGACUCCACCCUUGUGCCAAACAUGAACUCGCUUGACAAAACAAGUGUGCACAAACCGUUUUGAUUAUGGGAUAGAUUUUCCUGUUUGCUUUUAUUUAUUUGCUUAUAAGAUUCGAAUCAUAAUAUACCACAUGAUCUCCUUUUGUGCCAAAAAUGUGUUAUUUUGAUGUUAUUUUCAAAUUACUUAGACAGCCGCUUGCUGCUGUUGUGUUAUGGUAAACUGAACUAAAAAAUAGUGCCAUGUUUUUUAAUCAUUCAACGACCCUGUUUGAUAAUGAACUUGCAUACUUAAUAUAAUCUGAAUGAAAUACCCAAAUAUAUUAAUUAAAAAUCAUCUUUCACACUUACGAAAUCCUUAA